GCGUUUUAGCUUGGCAUCAAGGAAAAACCCUCUUCUGGAGUCAUCACAGAAUAAUCAAAACAGUGUUUAUCUCAAAUUUCCAGUUAAUUCUACUUCCCCUCCGUCGUCUCCGGUAUCUCAGAACUUCCCUCAUCCUAGUCUCCACAGGGAAAAAUGCGAAUCAGAUCUAUAACAAACGAAUUCAAAACUGUUGAAAUCUAGAAUUAGAUCCAAAAAGGAGAAAAAUGGCGAGGAUUUUUGAGUAUUUCGUAGUAUGCGGGAUCGGACCGGAGAUCCGAACUUUGGACGGCCAGAAAGGGUACCAUGGCACCGGCGUCAUGUACUUGCCUUCUCUCCUCGAUCAGUACCCUCCUCCCAAUCACUCCCUCUGCCCUCCUCCUCCUCCCCAGCUCUCCACUUGUGUGCUGCCGGCUGGUGUGGAAUUCUACUCAUCAGGUUUUGAUUCCAACAAUCCCUCAACGAAUCCUCGGAGCUAUCCAAUCGUUUUAACAGAGGGUGAUGGAUCAAAAAUUUAUGUCAGUUGUAUUGCAUUCCGGGAUCCAGUUUGUGAGGAUAUUGCUGAAGCAUAUCACAUACCUCCAAAUUCUUUUGCUGACAAGUGUAUCUGUCUUGUUUCACGCUUGCCAAGUUUCAGAGUCCUUAAGAAUGCACUUGAGGAAAUAUUUUCCCUUUGCUUUUCCACUAGCGGGAGUAGCAAGCCAUUGUGGGAUGUUAUAGCAUAUAUGGUCUCCAAUGUACCUUUGCCAACUCCUGGAAAAGAUCGUGUCUUGUUCGCCAUUGAAAAUUGCUUGCUUUCUGUGGAGGCUCCACCAAAAGAUGGUCUCCCCCAUGCAGAUAUAUCAUUUCAGCCUCUGGUACAGUGCCUGGAUGUUGACAACUUAAUUAAACUUUUUAUAGCUGUCCUGCUUGAAAGGAGGAUUUUGCUUCGAUCAAACAAGUAUUCACUCUUAACUCUAGUAUCAGAAGCCAUAUGCCAUUUAAUCUACCCAUUUAGAUGGCAGCAUGUCUACAUUCCAUUACUAUUUUUCAGUGGAGUAGACUAUAUUGAUGCUCCUACCCCAUACAUGAUGGGUCUCCAUUCAGGUGUUGAUACAUCUAAUCUCGCAAUGGAUGGUGUAGUUGUGGUGGACCUUGAAUUUAAUCAAAUAUCCACAUCAGAGGAAAUACCCCCAAUUCCAGAGGCAGAAUUAAGUUCAUUGCGUGGUGAAAUACUGAAUUUAUUGUAUCCAAAUGUUGUGGGAAUAGAUGAGAUGAAGGCUGGCUUAGGUGGUCCAUCUGAGCAAAACUGUAAACUUGGGAACAAGCCUUGGGGAGAGAAUCAUGACCUUCAGCUUAGGUUAAUAUUCCUAAAGUUCUUUGCAUCAAUCUUAGGUGGCUACCGCAAUUUCAUAGAAAAUACAGCUGCUAGCCCUUUCAAUACUCAAGCAUUUUUGAAGAAGCGCUCUCGGUCAACAAACCAACCACCAGAGCCUAUGAUAUCACAGUUUUUAGACUCCCAUGGUUUCUUGGAUUUUCUUGAGAGAUGCAUGGUUUCUGAAGAAAACAAUAAUAAUCUCCUAGACAAGUUGCAAGAUGCAAUUGGGAGGGGUCAAAAUCCGUUUUCUAUUUUCUCCUCAUCUUUGGUGGAACCUGAGAUCAUAACUAUAUCAGAUACAGACAUGGGAAUAUCAGGAUCAGGUGCCAAAUAUACUUAUGAUCGAUUUCCUUCAAACAUCAGAACCGAAGAGCAAGAGGAAAAGAGGAAGCAGAUUCUUGCAGCAGCGACUGGGGCAUUUGAGUACUCAGGAAAGCAAGUUCCCAGCAAUUCACCGUCUAUAAGUUCAAUAGAGAGGGCUGCAGAAAGGGAGCGCAUGGUUUUGGACAUAAAAGUUAAGCUGCAGGGGUUAUGGCUGCGACUUCUGAAAUUAGGAGCAACUGAUGAUCCACUUUCAUCAUUUGAAUAUGGCACAAUACUUGCUUUAAUUGAGUCUGACGCAGAAGGCAUUGGUGGUAGUGGAUUUGUUGAGUGUAUAAGGGAGCACAUACAUUCAGGAUGGCACUGCCAAUUGACUGAGGAACAGUUUAUUGCAGUGAAAGAACUGCUUAAAACUGCAAUUGGUCGUGCAACUUCUCGGAAUGACAUCUUGACCAUUAGAGAUGCGCUGGAGGUAUCUGCUGAGAUGUAUAAGAAAGAUGCUAAUAAUGUUUCAGAUUAUGUCCAGCGCCAUCUAAUUUCUCUAUCUAUCUGGGAGGAGUUACGGUUUUGGGAAGGAUAUUUUGACUUUUUAAUGGAAAGAUUUUCAAACAAAUCGGCCAAUUAUGCGACUCUGGUGACGGCACAACUAAUUGUAUUGGCAUCACACAUGGCUGGGCUUGGACUCAAUGAUGUGGAUGCUUGGUACAUGAUUGAAACAGUAGCAGAGAAAAAUAAUAUUGGAUACAAGCAGUUAAUAAAACUUAGAGGAUUUUUGUCGCAUAUCCAGCAACUUCGCAUUGGUUAUUGGGGCAUCUCAGCUGUUAAGCCUCAAUCAAUGUUGUCCCAUGGUCUUUCAUCCCCACGUCCUAAGGAUGUUACAAAUGAGAAUGAACAACCUGCAGAGGCGUCCGGUGUUGGAAGGAGCUGGGUUCAAAGCAUGUUCAGCAGAGAUACAGCAUCUCGAGCAAACUCUUUUAGCCGUGUUCGUAAAUGGGGUUCUGAUGGUGGUGCUUCAGAGAAUGGGACACCUCGGAAACAAGAUUUAUCUGCUGCUGGGCAGAAGAAAAUGCAAACCAAUAUCAGAGUACUUAGGGGUCACACUGGUGCUGUUACUGCCUUACAUUGUGUAACGAGAAGAGAGGUGUGGGAUCUGGUGGGUGACCGUGAGGGUGCAGGUUUCUUUAUAAGUGGGAGCACUGAUUGUUCAGUUAGGAUUUGGGAUCCAAGUCUUCGUGGUUCUGAACUUCGUGCAACAUUGAAAGGACAUACAGGAACUAUUCGAGCUAUUAGUUCUGAUAGGGGAAAGGUUGUAUCGGGUUCUGAUGAUCAUUCUGUCUUUGUAUGGGACAAGCAGACAUCUAAGCUUCUGGAAGAGCUGAAGGGUCACGAGGCACAGGUCAGCAAUGUGCGGAUGCUGUCAGGUGAACGUGUACUUACGGCUGCCCAUGAUGGAACUGUGAAAAUGUGGGAUGUUCGAAGUGAUAUGUGUGUGGCAACAGUUGGUCGUUGCUCCAGUGCAGUCCUGUGCAUGGAGUAUGAUGAUUCCACUGGGAUUUUGGCUGCAGGUGGCAGAGAUGCAGUAGCAAACAUCUGGGACAUCCGUGCUGGUAGGCAGAUGCACAAGUUUUUGGGACAUACAAAGUGGAUAAGGUCAAUUAGAAUGGUUGGAGACACUGUGAUUACUGGUAGUGAUGAUUGGACAGCUAGGAUAUGGUCUGUUUCUCGAGGAACCUGUGAUGCUGUUCUUUCCUGUCAUGCUGGCCCAAUAUUAUCUGUUGAGUGUUCCCCACUAGACAAAGGCAUAAUAACAGGUUCAACUGAUGGGCUACUUCGCUUCUGGGAAAAUGAAGAGGGAGGUAUAAAAUCCGUUAAGAAUGUUACCAUUCAUACAGGCGCUAUAUUGUCUAUCAACGCUGGGGAACACUGGUUAGGAAUUGGAGCAGCUGACAAUUCUAUGUCUCUCUUCAAUCGGCCACAAGAGAGACUUGGGGGCCUCUCUAGCCCUGGAUCUAAAAUGGGUGGGUGGCAACUUUACCGGACACCACAAAGGACAAGUGCAGUGGUAAGAUGCAUUGCUUCGGACCUGGAAAGGAAAAGGAUAUGCAGUGGUGGUCGGAAUGGACUUCUCAGACUAUGGGAAGCCACUAUCAACAUCUAAUUUUCUUACAAGUUGCGUGUUUGUAGCUGCAUAGAUGCUCUAGAUGAUGGAGAGGCUUGGGAUGGUGAUGGCUCCUAGUACCCCUAGUAAAAUCUUCUACUACCUGGCGCCUGCCUGUCUAAUAUACGAUCAUAUAAUUCAAAGCUAAACUGUUCCCUCCCCUGCUCUUGCGUUUUGCCUAUUUUUGAUUUGUUUGGCUCAUAAAUGUGUGCAAUAGGUGCUUAUAUUUCAAUACAUUUGAUUUGUUCAUUUUUUCAGCAGUCAAUUUUUGUGCUUGGCAAAUUGUUUCUUGGUGGGACAGCACACUCUUUGACACUACUUGAUUAGAAUGUGAAAUCAAAAUGGAACACUGAC